CGCGUGCGCAUUCGUAACGGAUUGCGUCAUCACGUCGGCUGUGGACCUGCCGCUAUUUUUAGCUGGCAAGUCGGUCGGGACCUUCUAGGACAGUAUUCAACGUGCUUCGGAUAUCACUUCCUGUAUAUAUUUCACAGGUCAUCCUUGUUAUUUCACAGGACAUCCUUGUUAUUUCACAGGCCGUGGAACAUGGCGUACCGCGCGGAAUAUGCCAAAUAAACAGUAGGCGGCGCCUUUGAAAAUACGCACGACCGUGCUAUAAUUGUAGUGUGGGAUAAAAUACAUUGGUCAGCAAAUGUGGAGACUUUGGAUGGGGCCGAGAUCGUGAGAGACUUUGGCUGAGUUGCACUGAAUAAGUUUAUUACAGUUCAUCUCAAUGGAGCUGACGGAAUCGUUUCCAACGCUAGGUGUCUCGGAGGCACGCUGACUCGCG